CAUGCACCCGCGCUAGGGUCCGAGGGAGGUAUUCGGGAAGCUUUGGGGAGACACCGAACAGCGCUAGACAAGUACCGAAGAUGCCGACUAUUACCGAACACGGUCGGUCCCUACCCGACCGACGACAAGCCACCGAAGGACGUUCGGCAGCACUUGGAGUCCCGUGUGGCUCUUGAAGCACGUAGUUGUCGGUCGCGACACUACCUUCUCGUUACCGACCGAAUCCCCGACUCGACCGACCGAACGUUCGGUCGGUGUUCGGCGCAGUCCCGAAACCGUUCGGGCGCUAUAAUCUCAUACUCCCCGUUGUUUCUCACCCACCGCGAGGGGUUAGUAUUCAAAAUUACCUCAAGGAAUCUACGUCGCUCGUCCCGACCAACAGCAGAGCGCGAAGAACGACAAGCAGUUAUCGAUAGCUUCAAUACUCAGGAAACAUCUGCCGACCGAAGUUUGUUCGGAGACGCCGAUAUAGUCCCAGAACACUUAUCCCACCAUCACUACCUUGAUCUUGAAUCCUCGCCAUCGCUCUCACCACCACCCGACUCCACUUUCUUCUUAACCCCACCUUCGUCGCCGAACCGAUCGCUACUCCCGCCGAUUUCCCCCAUCCUCGACCUUGCACUCUUAGAACAAUCACCCCCGUCUCCUAUCCCAUCUCUCCACGACUCCAUCUCUCCGUUAAUCCCACGCAGCCCCGUCUUCUGGAUGCCGACCAUCCGACCGACUUCACUAGAACGCUCCUUCGAACCAGCGACUCCAUCCCCGAUCACCUUAGAAAACAAUACCUUCUCCCCCACCUUUGACUUUCUCACUAUGGCGACCCCAUCCAUGCCCGCCCGUGGAGAUCGAACGGCCCCGACCUUUGACCCCCAUCAACCCCGCGAAUUAAGACGAUAUUUCUCCGAUCUGGACUUCCACUUCGUUCGGUCUGCGGUAGUAGACGAACAAGAAAGAAAGAAACACGCUUGCCGAUUCCUGGACGUCGACACCUGUGAGCUUUGGGAAUCGCUCACCACUUUCACCGACGCCACGAAGACCUUCAAGGAGUUCUGCGAAGAGGUCUUCAGGCUAUACCCCGGAUCGGAGGAAGAACGCAAAUGGUCGGUAUCGGAUAUGGACAAGCUAGUCGGCGAAACGAGCAGGGUCGGCAUCUUGUCUCUCAGCGAACUCGGCGACUAUCAUCGGCGAUUCCUGGCGAUCACGGUAUUCCUCCUCAGCAAGGCACGGAUCUCGGUCGCCGAACAAGGACGCGCCUUCGCUAGAGGAUUCCAACCGGAGCUAUGGGCAAGAAUCUCUCAACGUCUACAACUCAAGUUCCCCGAUCAUUUCCCAGACGACCCAUACAACCUCCAAGACAUCCACGACGCGGCCCGAUUCGUCUUGCACGGCACCACGUCCGCCUACAGCACGACCCCUACCGACAUCUCUCGAGCAGCCCCCGCCGCGCCGCCCACCAACGCGAUCAAGGCCGAAGACCUGGCGACCAUGUUCGAACGGCUCACCGACACCUUUGUCAAGGCCAUCACAGCUCAGGGGACGACCAGGCCAGCCGAUCGACCAUCCCGACAGCCAGGACAAGGCGGCGACAACUGCAUGUUCUGCGGCAGUCCCGAACACUUCAUGCGCGCCUGUCCCGAGGUCACCGAAUACAUUCGGAUCGGAAAAUGCAAGAGGAACAUCGAGGGGAAGGUGGUAUUGUCAAGUGGGGCAUUCGUACCGAGAGAAAUCACGGGUAGUAACCUGAAGGACCGAGUUGACGAAUGGCAUCGCAGGAAUCCAGGCCAGUUGGCGACCAGACAGAUGAUGUUUACGGUAAACGCGGUGCCGACUCACCCAAUGACGAUAGCCUCCCAUCACGAUUCACCCUCAUUGCUGGAUGUCACCCCGACUUACCAACUCACCGACGUCCAGCGAAUCGCGAGCCUCGAACGCGAACUAUUCGCGCUCCGAACGCGGGGAGCAAGGGCACGCGAAAUGGCGCAGACAGGACGUUCGGCACCUACCCCUUCACCGGCCCCCGAACGACGAGCGAGGACCGAAACUCCCGAACCCGAACCCCGACCGACCACCCCAACUCAGCGACCGCCCCCGGUACCAGCCAAGGACGAUGCUCCGAUCCACCCAUACGCCAAAGCCCAGGACGCCACCUAUGCACCACCACACGAACGCAACAUGGGAGCCCCGGCGAAGAUACCAUCGGCAAAGAAGGACGCUCCGGCCUACAAGACUACAGCGCCGAUCUACGACGAGAAGGUAGCAGCCGAGGUCUACAACAGGGUGAUGGCCACUCAGGUGACGCUUACCCAGCGCGAACUACUCUCCCUCUCCGCCGAAGUCCGUUCGCAGGUCAGGGAAGCCACGUCGGCACGCCGAUCGCCUGCCAGAGACGCCAGCAAUGUUCGGACCUUCUACCAAGAUGCCGAUCUACCCUAUGCCAUCGACGAUCUCGAACCACCGACUCGACCGACCGUCUCCUCCUUCGUCAAUGUCCUGCACCAACCGGAAACACCCCCGCCUGGCGCGAUCAUCAUCCCCGACAUGUACGAAACGUACCUGAAGAAUCUACAGCCCAGUCAGGUUCCUCAGCCAUUGAUAGUUGCUAAAGAAUCGUCUGCCCUAAGGUCUAUUGUUCCCCUCGUCGAUCAUCAGCAGGAAGUCGAAUGCGUCAUCGAUCCGGGCUCACAAGUCAUCGCCAUGUCGGAAGGCAUUUGCAAUGAACUGGCGCUCAUCUACGACCCCGAAAUCGUCCUCAAUAUGCAGUCGGCGAACGGCGAAAUCGACCGAUCCUUGGGUCUGGCACGCAACGUUCCAUUCCUCAUCGGCGACAUCACCCUGUACCUCCAAGUCCACAUUAUUCGAAACCCCGCCUACGACGUUCUCCUCGGUCGGCCCUUCGACAUCCUCACCGAAAGUAUCGUCAAGAAUUAUUCAAACGAAGACCAGACGAUCACCAUCAGCGACCCGAACACGGGACGACGAGCCACCAUUCCGACGAUCAGACGAGGACCCCCUCGAGUCCUUCACCGAAGACAAGCGGAUUUCCAUUCUCCAUCUCCCUCUCGUCGCGAUCUUUGUCUCAAGUACAUUAUGGCCUCCGAUUUGGGGCCCGAAAAUCAUCUCAAAAACAAUCUCGAUUCCGAUAUGUCGUCCUUAUUUUCCUCAGUCGUCCCCGGUUCUUUCCAUUCCACUAAUAUCGCCGACCCGGUCGCCAUCUUUGCCGCCAAGCGCAAGUACAAACCGGUCGCACAGAAAACACGACCAGUCUUGGCCGACCUCCCCGAAAAGUUCCGAAUCGUUCGGAACAUCCUUGGUGACCCUCUCGCUACCCUUCCGACGCUGACACCGAACCCCCCACCCUUCACGCCGACCGGCAGAUACACAGCCGAACGGCGCGACCUCAUCGACAAAGUCCACUCGGACGACUUCCUUUGGCCCGCCGAACGACAGCUCAUGCACCAUUUCAUGUGUCUACAAGAGAUGGGAUUCGCCUGGGACGAUUCGGAACGCGGACGUUUCCGCGAGGACUUCUUUCCUCCAGUCAAUAUGCCGGUGGUCGAACACAAGCCCUGGGUUCAACGCAACAUUCCGAUUCCACCAGGCAUCUACGACGAAGUGUGCCGACUCAUCAAAACCAAGAUCGCUGCUGGAGUCUAUGAGCCGUCGAAUUCGUCCUACCGAUCGCGUUGGUUUACAGUCAUCAAGAAGACGAAUAGCACCUCCACUGGCACCAAACUCCGAAUCGUUCACAGCCUCGAACCCCUGAACGCAGUCACCAUCCAGCAUUCAGGUGUGCCUCCAUAUACCGAUCAGAUCGCUGAACAGUUUGCAGCUCGCGCUUGCGGCGGCAUUCUGGAUCUCUAUGUCGGCUAUGACGAACGAGGGCUCGCCGAAUCAUCUCGCGACUUCACCACGUUCCAGACCCCAUUCGGCGCCCACCGACUCGUCACCCUGCCCAUGGGAUGGACAAAUUCGGUCCCGAUCUUCCACGACGACCGAAUGAAGUACAGCGGAGGAACAUUUUCGGGACACAAGGCGACACUCUGCGCAGCCGAAAUCACGGUGGUCGGCCAUCGCUGCACGUACGAAGGAAGAUUACCCGACGAAUCUAGGGUAGAGUCAAUUAUGAAGUGGGGACCUUGCAGGGAUCUCUCUGACGUUCGGGCAUUUUUGGGGACGAUCGGUGUCGUUCGGAUCUUCAUUCGGAAUUUUGCACACAGGGCGCAUGCACUGACAAUGUUAACGCGCAAAGAUUUUCCAUUCGUGUUCGGCCCAGACCAGAUAGCGGCCCAGGACGACCUCCGGUCGGCACUUCUCGAAUCGCCAGCCCUUCGGCCGAUCGACUAUGGGUUGGCAGCCAACGUCAUCCUCGCCGUCGAUACCUCUCAAAUUGCGGUCGGCUUCCACCUCUGUCAAUGCGCACUCGACAAUCCGCGGGUUCGGUAUUAUGCCCGAUUCGGCUCCAUCACCCUUAACGACCGCGAAUCGCAAUUCUCCCAACCCAAGCUCAAACUCUACGGCCUCUUCCGCGCCCUCCAAUCGCUCAAAAUGUAUCUCAUCGGCGUUCGGAACCUGAUAGUCGAAGUAGACGCACGCUACAUCAAGGGCAUGCUCACUAACCCGGAUCUCAAACCCAGCGCCAGCAUCAAUCGGUGGAUCGUCUCCAUCCUCACCUUCCAUUUCACACUUGUCCACGUCCCCGGCACCUCUCACGGCCCCGAUGGUCUCUCCCGACGACCACCACAACCCGCCGAUCGACCUGAACCCAAAGACGACUUUGACGAUUGGAUCAACAAUCUCUACGGCUUCCUCCAUCAGAUCAACAACACGUUUCCCACCGCCAACUCAACCUCGACAACAGCCAUCUUUACCUCCUCACUCAUAGGCGACCUCCCGACCGAUGCAGACUCCGACGACGAAGGCCCGACCAUCGACUAUUCGGAUAUCCCAAGAUCGCAAAAAGCGUUGGAAGCCGAAGAACGCCUAUGGUUGGUCCGCGACUGGCACCGAACAUUGGUUCGGCCCCCUUCUCUCUCCGACUCCGAAUAUGCCACCUUCCUACGAUAUUGCACUGAGUUCUUUAUCGCAGCCGACAAGCUAUGGAGAAAAGACUCACACGGUCGACACAAGAUUGUUGCAGCCCCCUCUAGUCGGAUCACAAUUCUCACUGCCGCCCACGACGACGUUGCUCACAAGGGUUUCUACGCCACGACUGCCUUGAUCGCCGAACGCUUCUGGUGGCCGCACAUGAGGCAAGACAUUUCCUGGUUUGUUCGGACCUGUCACCUUUGCCAGAUUCGCCAGACUCGCAACGUCCUCAUUCCCCCGACCGUCGCUACGCCUGCACCACUCUUCGCGAAGAUGUAUAUGGACACCAUGCACAUGCCGACCGCUGGUGGUUUCAAGUAUCUCGUGCAAGGCCGCUGUUCGGUAUCACACUACCCCGAAUUCCGGAUGCUGCGACGCGAAACAAGCUCAGCUCUUGCCGACUGGAUCUUCGAGGAUAUCCUGUGCCGAUGGGGAACACUGGUAGAGAUCGUCUCCGACAACGGACCAGCAUUCGUCAAGGCGCUCGACCAGCUAGCAAAGAAGUACCACGUUCGGCACAUUCGCAUUUCGGGCUACAAUUCCCGUGCCAACGGCAUCGCCAAACGACCUCACUUCGACGUUCGGCAGGCUCUGUUCAAGGCCGUUGAUGGAGACCAGGCCAAGUGGAAUCGUGCAGCUCAUUUCGUAUUCUGGGCUGAUCGCAUUACUGUUCGGCGCCGAAUGGGUUGCUCGCCAUACUUCGCAGCGACCGGAACCCAUCCCCUCCUUCCCCUCGACAUUGCCGAAGCCACAUAUCUUCUACCACCACCGACCACGGCCCUCAGCACCACCGACCUCAUUGCUCGACAUGCCAUCGCUUUGCAGAAACGCCGAUCGGACCUCGCCCACCUUCGCAGCUCAGUAGUCGGCGCCCGUGUCCAGGCCGCCAUCCGAUUCGAACAACAGCAUUUGGCCACACUUCGCGACUUCAAUUUCCACCGAGGCUCACUUGUCCUAAUGCGCAACACGGCCAUAGAAAAGGUGCUCAAUCGGAAGAUGCGUCCACGGUAUUUAGGACCUUUGCUAGUAAUUUCUAGGAAUCGGGGAGGAGCGUAUAUUUUGGCCGAACUCGAUGGAUCGGUCUUUGAUCGGCCAGUUGCAGCAUUCCGCGUUAUUCCUUAUUUUGCUCGCAGGUCUCUGAAGCUCACCGACCUUGAAGCCCUCCUCGACAUCUCGCAGGAACGCCUUCGGGCCAUGGAAGAAUCCCGAUCGAGCGAUGACGACGCCGAAGACGAUAGUGCCGAUGAAGAUACCGACACCAGCUCAGUCCGAUCGGCGGAGGACGACGAUGCGGCUUCGGUGACCUCCGACUAG